AUGAACCAAUCACAACACAUAUCAAGGAGAUUCGACAAUUUUAAUGAUGAACAAAUCGCAACUAAUCGUCUUCGAUUAAAGGCUCACAUACAUGUGGUGUUGUUGCUUGCACUUCAAGGAAUUCCAUUUAGAGGCCAUGAUGAGAAAUCUAGUUCAUCUAAUCGUGGCAAUUUUCUUGAAUUUUUGGAUGUGCUAAGCAUGUACAAUGAUGAACUUUCAAAGGCAAUUGCGAAAGCUCCAAAAAAUGCCAAGUAUACAAGUCAUGAUAUUCAGAAACAAAUACUUCAUGUGCUUUUAAUGAGAGUGAAAAAUGUAAUUCGUGAAGAAAUUGGAGUUGCCAAGUAUUGCAUAAUUGUUGAUGAAGCCCGAGAUGAGUCAAAAAGGGAGCAAGUGUCUAUAGUAUUGAGAGGUCAAGGUUAUGAUGGUGCUAGUAAUAUGAGGGGCGAAUUUAAUGGAUUGCAAGCUUUAAUCAUAAAAGAUUGUAGAAGUGCUUAUUAUGUUCAUUGCUUUGCUCAUCGGUUACAAUUGGCUUUAGUUGUAGCAUCAAAAAAUGUGACACCUAUUCAUCAAUUUUUUGAUAGAUUAACUUUUAUAGUUAAUAUUGUUGGUUCUUCGUGCAAGCGUAAUGAUGAAUUGAAGAAUUCUCAUGCAGAUGACAUUGAACAUUUGAUUGCUAUUAAUGAACUCGAGACAGGGCGUGGACUUAAUCAGAUAGGUACUUUACAAAGAGCUGCUGAUACACGUUGGAGUUCUCAUUUGAGAUCGUUGAAAGGCUUAAUUAAGAUGUUUAGUGCAUUGUGUAUGGUAUUGCUUAAGGUUAUGGAUGAUGGACUUCCUUCUCAACGAGCAAAUACAACAUCUGUUUAUGAUGAAAUGACUUCUUUUGAUUUUGUAUUCAUCUUGCAUCUUAUGAAAGAGAUCAUGGGAAUCACGGAUAUCCUUUGUCAAGCUUUACAAAGUAAGUCUCAGGAUAUUAUAAAUGCAAUGGAGCUUGUAUUAUCUACUAAGAAUUUACUUCAACAAAUGAGGGAUAACAAGUGGAAUGAUUUGCUUGCAAAAGUGAAAUCUUUUUGUGAACUUCGAAAUAUUGAUAUUCCUGAUUUCAAUGCUCCAUAUAUUAAUAGACGAGGUCGAGCCCGUGCUCGUCAAGACAAUUUCACCAUUGAGCAUCAUUAUCAGUGGAGUCUUUCAGAGUUGAGGAUAUAUACUAACAAGUCUGUUACAUACAAUCUCAUUUUUAGAGUGAUUGUACUUGUGCUUACUCUUCCAGUUUCCACUGCUACUACAGAAUGA